UUAAAUUCAUGGGUGGGUGGAACACUGAACUUUACACAUUACUGACACUUUGAGGUCAGAAUGACAAGCUUAAAAGAAAGGUGGAUUUUUAAUUAAAUAUCACAGCAUGUACAAGAGGGAGGCACAGCAGACCUGCUUUGGAUCAAUUGUGUAGAAGAAAUGAAGAGCUGCUAAGUGGUAGUAUACACAGAUCACACUGACACAUGCUGUAGAAGAGGAGCAUCUGAUUGAUAUGGUUGCAUACAAUGAGGAACAAGAUAGUUUAAAUGUAUUGCUGUGUUCCAGUUCAGGGGCUGGAUCCUUUAAAGUCUGCAUUUCUUGUCUAAAUAUGCACUAGUUUACCGCUGCACCACAAAGUAUCUGUUUAUGUCUGGUAUUUACUAAUUCUGGCAAUUUGGAGAGACGCAGGGUCAGUAAAGCCUUUAGGGUACACAUAUUUUAUGGGCCACAUCCUUGUAAGUAUGCAGCCCCUGAAAUGAGGCACAGCUCUGAGAAACAAUCUGAUCGCCCUCUAGAGGACAGUCAAAGAAUGCAACACUGCUGCUGCCUACAUUUUGGUUGCCAGUUCACUGCAGUUUCUUUAUUUCUCCUUUUGCUUAACUCCUUUCUUCAUAUGUUUGCAGCCUUUUAACUGGCAUCAGCCAGGGAUGUCUCACAGUAAGAGGAAGCUGCUCCAGUCUCUGAUGGGGCCUUAUGGCCCUCUGAGUGUGUCUUACAAUGGGAAGACCUGCAUUCUGUUCAAGGCCAAGCGCCUGGCAAUACGCUACAGGAACCACACCUUUAUUGAUCUGACUGAGAGAGUCUUCAACCCCAAUUCACCCGUGGACACUAAGGGCUCCAUCUGCACCAAGGAGAAAGCAACGCUUUCAUUAAAGUUUGGUGAUGUGGAAGACUUGCGAGGUCUAGUAAUCAGGCUUCAGAUGUCAAACACUUUUUACGAGGCAGCUGGUCAAAACUGGUUUACACUAGACAGCGUUCACAUCCACUACAACUGGACCCAGGAGGCUACAUUCAACGCCAGUGAGGUCUACGCUCCUGCCACUUCAUCCUACCAUUGCCAGCACGUCAGCAGUCUGCACAAAUAUGACACCCUGCUAGUGCCCAGCUCCCACACUGACACAUCCGCUAACUGGCACAUCACUUUCACUGAUUUCCAGAUCCAGGCCUUCAACGUUCAGUCGGACAAGUUUGCGUCGGCCAGUGACUGUGCCACUUUCCUGACGCCAGCCAUCCUGAUGGGCUUGGUGACAUCUUUGAUCCUGCUCCUCGUUUUAGCCUAUGCCCUGCACAUGGUGGUACACCUCAAACACAUCGACCGCUAUGAGGAGCACAAAGCCACUGUCUACUUUCCACGUAGUCCAGAGGCUGAGUUGCCAGACAAGAACAGCCUGUGAGGGGAAAAAAAGAGCCGGAGGACGACAGGGGGAGCGAGCGAGAGAGGAAGCUGAAAAGCAAGGCUGAGGGGGAGUGCAAGUGAAUACAAGAUGGAAAAAGUAUCCUCCACAGAAUAUUUGUUAAACAAAAUGACAACUUUGCCUGUUCAUAUGAAAACCUUGUAAGUCUUACCUACUUUAAGUAAAUGCAGACCGUGGUUGGAUACUUUUUCCUCAUUGACCUGCAUCUUGGCAUCCAUAUUUUGAAUAAGGCCUUUGGAUGCUCAAGCCUCUCCCUGAGAGAUGGUUCAUGAUCCAAAUGUCAAAGGUCAAGGACAGUCCCGGGGCCCUGAAGGGCAACAGCGUAUACAGGCCUUUACCCCAGCCAGCCAUUAAAACCACAACAGGCUAGCAACUGUAGCUAAUACAGCUAACAUCAGAUGCUCCUGAUUAAAUGUAUGUAUUACAUGGCUCACAAGUGUCAUAUUACAAACUUCCGUCGCGCACAUUGUCUUUCCAGCUUUCAUUACAGUGUACUUUGUCUAAUACCGCUGCAAGAAAUAUAUCCUUCAAACAGCCAGUUUUAUAGCUGAAAUAGCCGUAUUAGCUGCAUGCCAUAAAAGGCUGGUCUAUCUGGGCUAGCACAGUGUUUCCUAAUAAUCUGGAUUACAGGAAGUCUUGCAUGAGUUGCAUCUUAAAAUAAUCAAAUGUGGCACAAAGUAGAAGGAGCUUGAAAAGCUUUUGAGUGUAAGACAAAGGAAAUAUCGGGAACCACUGGUCUAGCAUCUGGCUGGAGUGAACGGACCAGCAAUACUGGCCCUUCAGAGCCUUUGGCGUCUCUCACCCCACCCCUGAACAAGACUGCUGCUUGGGACUUAACUGUGAAACGGCCUUUUACAGACCAGCCAGACAAAGGGGGUUCUACAAACUAGCACAACAUUGGUUAGUUGCGAAAGCACUAACAACAAACUUUCAAAGACUAUACAAGGAACUAUGCUGCACAAGACGGCCCGUCUGAGGGCAUGGCAGGAAUGCGGGUCUUGGGAUGACUCGACUCUUUGAGAGUCGAGCGUUUGGACAAGGGAGGCCAUGGGUCCUCCAUCCACACCACUGGGUCUGACUGCCAAAGUGAAGCUACAAAGGAGUUGCCAUAAACUAUGGUGAGAGACAGAGUGAGACAAUGUGAAAAUGAAAGCUAACCGUUACAGCUAUGUACAAAACAAAAACACAUACAUGUACAGAAGUGUCACUCUGCGGAGGUCUUUUUUUAUAUUCAGUGUAAUCAUGAACUACUAUUAGGUACAGGAUGACUAUGCUAAUCCUCAUAACCAAAAGGAUAUACAAAGCUGUAGAUACAUUUAGAUCUCUAUACGAUCAUAGCUGUUUACUAUCUUCAAAUAUUGCACAACUAAUAAACAUAGGUACAAGUAAGACAUUGUGCUAUGAGGAUUGGUGAAA